AUGCCAAAGUUUUAUCCAUGUGCUGUGUGUCAAAAAAGAACAAAGCCAAAAGAACGAAGGUCAAUAAACAAAGACAUUAAGAAAUAUCUACAGAGAAGGUUGUUUAUUGAGACAAAAGAAAGUGACAUUAUAUGUAACAAGUGCAGACACAAGUAUUAUGUGGCAGAAACAGUGACUUACAAAAAAAAUGAAAACAAUCGGUCAGAUCCAGAAUAUAUUCCAUCAACAACACAACCAAGGAGCAAAAGUACCCCAGUUAGUCCACCAUCAGUCAGUUUAAAUUUGAAAACUACAAGCAAAACUCACUCUCGAUGUUUAGUGUGCAAGCGACCGGGUCCAAAGCUUGUUGUUCUGUCGUCUGAUGCCAGAUUCAGUGUAUUUCUGGAACAGAAUAUACUAAUACCUGCUGGUUCUAGAUGUUGUCCUGUCCAUCUGUAUGAAGGACUUCUCAGUGCCACUUCUUUGGAAAAUGUGCCAGUCAUAGAAAAUGCUUAUGUAAACAGGACAUUCAUUCUUAAACUUCUUACACAAAUGCGGGAAGUGUGUCGCAGCAGACAAAACAAACUUGAUUUUGAUUAUUUGAAAGACUCUGAUUAUGAAAGCUUGACUGGUUUAAACCAUAUUCAGUUUGAUGAUGUUUUUCGCCACAUAGCAGACAAACUCCGAAAUACACCAGCCAGAUCUGCACGUACUACACUUGGUAUAUUUCUGCUAAAGAUGAAGUCAGGUUUAUCAAACAAGUUACUGUCAACACUGUUUGGAAUUAGCAGAUCAAGCAUCCGACGUGCUAUUUCAUCUGCCAGACAGGCUCUGAUGAGAGGAUUUGUUCCUUUGUACCUAGGUAUUGAAAGCCUGACAAGGGAAGAUAUAAUAAACAACCAUACCAGACCGUUAGCAAAGUCUUUGUUUAACGCGAACAAUGGACAGCUGAUACUCGUUCUUGAUGGCACAUACGUAUACAUCCAAAAGAGCAACAACUUCAGCUUUCAAAGACGUACUUAUUCAAUGCACAAAGGUCGUCCCUUAGUUAAGCCCAUGGUUAUAGUAACGACAACAGGAUAUUUUGUCACUAUCAUGGGCCCUUACUUUGCUGAUUCAAAAAAUAAUGAUGCGUCCAUUCUAAAUCAUAUGUUAAAAACAAAUACAGAGGAAAUCAGAAACUUUGUACAAGAAGAUGAUGUAUUUGUAGUUGAUAGGGGUUUUCGGGAUUCCCUGUCACUUCUGGAGGAUUUAGGUAUUAGAGCUGAGAUGCCGUCUUUUAUCAAUAAAGGUCAGAAGCAGAUGCCUUGUGAAGAUGCAAACAACAGUAGAUUUGUUACAAAGAUUCGAUGGGUGGUUGAAUCAGCAAAUGCCCGAAUUAAAAGUUGGAAGUAUUUCAAUUACGUUCUGCCAACUAAUCAAAUUCCAUACAUUGGAGACUACUUCCAGCCACUAUGCUCUCCUCACAGUGAAGAUGGUGACACUAGUUUGGCUUCGAGGACUCUCUCAUUAUCAUCUGGUGGUAACACUUUGAUAUCGUAUGUUGAAGCAAAUAAUCUUGAAAGAAGGUCUGCACUCUGGAAACCGGUAAGUGAUGUUGUACUUGACAAUUUUCCGAGGUUCACCGAGGAGCAACUACGCUCAUUGACAUGUGGCGUAUAUCAACUGAAAAUGUCUUCGAGCUACAUACAAGAGCAUUUAGAUGGCAACUGUGAUAUACAGGUACAUGCAGACGACAAUGACUUGUUACGCGUUUGGAUUCAAAGUCGUCAUACGUCGUCAAGGAAAUAUCUUCUAUGGAUCAGAUAUUCGUUGUCUGAUAUUAUUGCAUGGUACUGUAAAUGUCGUGCCGGAGAACGUGUUGUCGGCAUGUGUUCUCACAUUGCCUCUGUUGUUUGGUAUCUUAGUUAUGCGCGACAUUUAGAGAGUAACAUUUAUGGUGUUCAAAACUGGGGAGAAUAUCUCGCUGAUGCUAGCAAAAUACCAGAGCCAAUAGAUUUGUCAGAUUCAGAAAGUGAAGCCAGUAUUAUAGAAGAGUGA